AUGAAGCCUCAAGGACGCGAAGACCGGCUACAACAGAGAUGCUCCAGGGCAUGUGACACAUGCAAGAAGCGCAAGGAGCGAUGUGAUGGCCGCCAACCGUGCGGUCGGUGUAAUGAGCGCGCCGUUCAAGACAAAUGUCGUUUUGACACGGACCACGGAGUCCGCCGGCGCCGGGUGCGGCAUCAAAACGCGGCAAAGCAGUCGGCCGUGACGACGCUGGAUGCCGAAGGAGUCGUGUGUAUUCCCCAGCCUGCCAACACAGCCUGGGAGCAGCAGCCGUCGGUGGCCAGCUUGCACCAAUCCAGACUCGUCAGGGACAAGAGGGGCAGGUUCAUAUUCCUGGGCGACUCGGCAAAUCUCUCCCUGCUCCGUGUCAUACGGCAGGUCGCCAGAACGUGCCACGGGGAGUCGAAAUUCGUGGUCGAUCCGCUGCGUGCUGGGUUUGUCGAGGCCUCGGCAGAGGACAGCGGCAGCUGGAUGGACGCCGCGGAAUGUGAGCCGGCCCCGGCCGUGUCUGCAGAAGAGGCGGGCUCCCUGGUGGACAUGUUUGAGACAGCAACGUCUGGGUUGGUAGACUUUGUCGACAUGGUCGAGUUGCGAGCGCGGCUGGCCGCAGCGCUGGAUCACAAGUCCGCACUGCUGGCGCAAGAGCGAAUCGUGCCAUAUCUGGUCGUGGCCAUUGGCGCGCAGUCCUCGCGGCCGCUUGGCCAUCACGCCGAAGGCUUCUUCCGCCGCGGCCGGUAUCUUGCCACUCGCCACCUGACGGAUGAUGCCAGCGUCAUGACAGCACAGGCGUACGUGCUCAUCACCGUCUACCUAUUGUCAGCGUCGCGUCGAAACACGGCGUCGAUGCAUCUGAGAUUCGCCAUUGGGUCGCUGUACGCCCUCGGAAUACACAGAAAGGCCGUCGCCCUGCGGUUCAGCAAAAGGGAGUCAUUGUUGCGGGAGAAGCUGUGGACGACUGUCCGCAUCCUCGAUUUGUUUCUGAGCGCCUCGCUCGGCCGGCCGGUGGCGACUACCGAGACACGAAACACGCGGCUCCAAGACGAAUACUCGGAGUGGAACGACUUGUGCGCGAUUCUCGAAAACGUCCUGACCCAGGUUUAUCAGCAGCGCUCCAUCACGGCAGAAGUGGUCGACGAGAUUGGACAACACCAGAGAGAAUGGGCAGACAACCACACCAAGGCCAGGGCGACGGCGCAACCGACGACGGCAGCACCGGACAUUGGCACCCUCCACAUCAAGCAAAUGUACUACUGGACCAUCAUGCUGCUCACGAGGCCGUUUCUGAUGGAGCGAGUCGUGGCCCACGUCAACCAGACCGCCGCGCAGACCGACGACCUCGGGCCGUGUGCGCUGCCAGACCUGUCCAAAACACUCGUGUAUGCCUGCGUCAACUCGGCCGUCAAGACCAUCGAGCUUCUCGAGCCCCUGGUGCGGUGUACCGCAAGCGUCCCUGCCCGGCUGCCGCUGCUCAUCGACGCCGCAUUCCACUCUGCCCUGACCGUCGGGUUUGCCCAUUUUGGCGACUUGUACCUUGUCUUCCCGCUGGCAAAGCAUCUUGAACUCGCGCAUUCGAUCCUGUCAAGGUUUGCCGACGACCCGGUCGCCUCACGAAACGCCACAAUAGUCAUGUUUCUCAUGGAAGUGUGUCAGCUUCACAUCGAAAAGCGACACGCGGCCAACAUGGACGUUGAGCGCGAGGCCAUUGGGAAGCUGUUUGGACAGAUUGACCAUCCCGCCGAACAAACAGACCCGGGCCGACCCAAACAUGGACACGAGCCGCCAGAUGAUGCCGCUGCCCAGGCAGCAGGCUCGUACGUUGCGGGUUUUCCCAACAUGCACGCAUCCCCGAGCAACGUGCCCCUCAACGGACUGCCCGAGAACCAGUCAUCAAACGCAACGGGGGGUUCGGCGUCUGUAUACGGGGGUUCCGUUGUUUCUCAGUCGCCGCCACCGCUAAUUCCGGGUUUGGACCCGUUUGGGCCGGUGCCGGCGGCUCUUGACAGUUCACUCGUUGCUAACCCGCAGCUGUUUUGGCUGGACUUUGACGAGGACGUCUCUUCACUAUUUACAAUCAUUGGUCCGACACAGAUCUAG